GACUAGUCCGAGCGGAUCGGAGACGCGCUCUCAUCUGACAGAUCCGAGAGGAGAGAGAAAAGGUUAGACAACGAUGAUGGAGCUAAUGACCACUUCUCCUCUCUACCCCAUCAGUUCAACUGAUGAAACAGGAAUUAAUGACUCUCUAAAUUAUGACUAUGACUACACAGAUGAUGCUGGCCUCAAAGAUGACCACACUGAGCUGAGACAGUCUCUCAACAUCAUGUCUCUGAUUGUUUACUCCUUGGCCUUUGUCCUCGGAGUACUCGGGAAUGGAGUGGUCAUCUGGGUCACAGGCUUCAAGAUGAAGAAAACCGUCAACACGGUCUGGUUCCUCAACCUUGCUGUGGCUGACUUCCUCUUCACAGCAUUCCUGCCUCUGAGUGUGACAUACACAGCUAUGGAUUUUCACUGGCUGUUUGGGAGGUUAAUGUGCAAGCUGAACAGCACCAUUAGCUUCCUGAACAUGUUUGCUAGUGUCUACAUCCUGGUGGUGAUCAGUGUGGACAGGUGUGUGUCUGUGGUGUGGCCCGUCUGGGCCCAGAAUCACAGAAACGUCCGCAAGGCUUCCUAUGUGAGUCUGUGUGUUUGGGCUCUGGCUUUGGUUCUGAGUGCUCCGUAUUUUGUGUUCAGAGAUACCGCACCAGCAGAUUACAACGAGGACAUAAUUCACUGCUUCAACAACUUUGCUCUCUCCAAUGACUCCGAAGCCGAAUCUGAGCUUCAGCUACAACUCGUUCGCCAUCAAGCCAUGAUCCACACCCGCUUCCUGCUGGGGUUUGUCAUCCCAUUCAGCAUCAUCGUCUCCUGUUACGCCAUCAUCAUCCACCGACUCAGGAGAAACCGCACCCUGGCCAACAAGUCAAGUCGUCCCUUUAAGAUAAUCGCUGCCAUCAUCAUCACUUUCUUCCUCUGCUGGGCUCCUUUUCACAUCUUGAGUCUGAUUGAGUUGGUCAGUCACAUGACAAAUUACACCAAUGAAACUCUCAACCACAUAGUGAUGAUCGGAGUCCCCAUUGCAACAAGCCUGGCCUUCCUCAACAGCUGCAUGAACCCACUGCUGUAUGUGUUCAUGGGCCAAGACUUCAAGGAUAAAGUCCGUAAAUCCAUCCUGAAGGUGUUGGAGAACGCCUUCCAGGAGGAAGUGUCUCGCUCCUACACCUACACAAACUCAAUGAUCACCAUACAAAGCAAGGACAAGUCCUUCUCUGAUGUUCAGGUGUGAAAACACACAAAGACUUUAACUGUACAGUCUAAAUGUUACUGUUGAUAUUUUCAUCUAAAGUAUUUUCUUACACUUUUUGUUCUGCGUGGCAUAAAAAAGGCAAGAAUUCAUGCUGCUGCAGUUUUACCCUAAAUUAUAACCCUAACAUACAAUCUGCACUUGCAUUUCCUGCACACCAUAAAAAUGACGCUGUGGACUCUGUGUUUACGUGCUUUUUCUGCAGAAUAAAUGUGUUGCUCACAGUAGGUUAAUCUCCCAAAUUCAUCUUCACCAAUAACAGGAUAAGGAGAAUAUAAGCACAUGACACUGUUCACACAGGCCCAAAUGGUCUAACUUAGCCAGUGUCAGCUGUUAUUAGUCCAUGACAUGUUUUUUUUAUUUCAUAAUUGCAUUUUAUGCUUUUUUUUGACUGUAUAAAUUGCUACUGGCAUGUAUAAAGGCAGCAUGUUAUCCAAAAAUGUUAGUUGUUGUGUAAUAAGCUUACAGUGAAUUCUUUUCCUUUUUAUGGUUUGUCUUUAUCUGUUAAUAUUAAAGUGUAUUUUUAAAGAA